AUGGGCAAAACCGGAGAACGAGGAGCAAAAGGAGACCAAGGACCAGAUGGAAAACAAGGUAUUAAAGGAAUGAAGGGACCAGAUGGAGACAAAGGUCCAGUUGGCGACCAAGGUGCACACGGAGAAAAAGGAGCACAAGGUGACACAGGAAAAGCUGGAGAGCAAGGGGUUGUAGGUGAUCAAGGACCAGUCGGUACAGUGGGACCGAAAGGACCACAUGGUGAUCCAGGAAAAGAUGGACAAAAAGGAGAAACAGGAGCACUAGGGAAGAAAGGAGAAAAGGGAGAUAAAGGAGACAUUGGAGAACAAGGACCCCAGGGACCAGCAGGAACGAAAGGAAUGACUGGUGACCAAGGCGGUAAAGGUAUGAUUGGUGACAAAGGAAAGCCCGGAACAAUGGGACCAAAUGGAGCCCCAGGAGAAAAAGGUCACGAAGGGGAUAAAGGAUUACCAGGCGAUAUAGGACCACAGGGACCAACAGGCGCACCAGGAGAGAACGGAAUUGAUGGAGGAAAAGGACCAGAUGGCAAUCCAGGACCAAUUGGACCAAAGGGUGAACAAGGGGACCAAGGACCAAAAGGAAUCCCUGGCGACAAAGGGGAUCCAGGAGACCAAGGAGCUCAUGGCAAACCUGGUGCUCAAGGAGAACAAGGUCUAGCUGGCCCGAAAGGACCUAAAGGCGAUACUGGAAUGAAAGGACAAACAGGAGAUAAAGGCGCGGAUGGUAAGAAUGGAGUCGAUGGACAGAAAGGGCCAGCUGGUGACGCAGGAGAAAAAGGACAGCAGGGAAAACAAGGUCCUGACGGACUUCAAGGACCAACGGGACCAAAAGGAAAUGACGGUAUGAAGGGAAUGAAAGGUAGCAAAGGUGACAAAGGAGACCAUGGCGAUAAAGGUGUUCACGGAGACAAAGGUGCUGAUGGUAUGAAAGGUCAAAAGGGCGAUAAGGGAGUAAUUGGCGAUAAAGGUAUGAAAGGAGGUGAUGGAAAAGAUGGGCAAAAAGGAGCUAAAGGCGAUACAGGUGACAAAGGAAUAAAAGGAGACACUGGCAACAAAGGACAAGACGGUAUGAAAGGAGCGGUCGGAAAUAAAGGAGACAAGGGAGAAACAGGAAGCAAAGGUAUGCCUGGUGCUAAAGGAAUGACCGGAAACAAGGGAGUCCAGGGAGACGUUGGUGGCAAAGGAGAAACUGGCGACAAAGGCAUGAAAGGAGCAGGUGGUGAUCAAGGAGCACAGGGAAUAAAAGUAAAAAUUCUGAACUAA